GGUACGACCCCACGUUGAGCUCGUUAACCUCUAUAAAUAUUCGAGUGGGAUUUUCAGUCGUAGAUUUCCGUGCGUUCGGAACAAGAAAGUGAAAGUUUCGUGAGAAUAAAGGAGUCAUAGUUUUGUUUUUGAGAUGGGGGUCGCAACCGUGAUUUUGAGUUCGUUGUUCUUGGUUGGAUUCCUUGACGCGGCUCAGCCUCGGAUGGAUCAACUCGUUUCAAAUAACCUUGCCGUGAAGGAAGCUGAGCAACCCAAGGCAGAUGAAGUUUUGGCUAGAAGAGUCUGUUAUUUUUCAAACUGGGCAGUUUACCGACCUGGACCCGGGUCAUAUGACGUUGAAGACGUCCCCGUUGACCUGUGCACACACGUCAUUUACUCGUUCGUCGGACUCAGCAACGUGACCUGGGAAAUCACCAUUCUAGAUCCUCAGCAUGAUCUUGGAUCAAACGGAGGCUUCCAAAGAUUCCUGCGUUUGAAGGAUCAAAACCCUUCUGUGAAACUGAGUGUUGCCAUCGGGGGUUGGGGAGAAGGUGGGAAAAAGUACUCGGAAAUGGUUUCUUUGCCUGAGCGAAGAGCAGCGACUACUGCCAGCAUAGUUAGAUUCAUGCAUGAAUAUAAUUGGGAUGGGUUUGACCUGGACUGGGAGUACCCUGGAGCCUAUGACCGAGGGGGUAACUACAUGGACAGAGACAGAUUCUUGGAUUGGGUCCGAGAACUAAAAGCAGCUUUUUAUGCUGCUGGCAAAGGAUGGGAAAUCACAGUUGCAGUUCCAGUUGCCAGAUUCAGACUCAAUGAAGGAUACCAUGUUCCAGAGCUGUGCCAGCUUUUCAACGCCAUCCAUCUCAUGACGUACGACUUGCGAGGCAAUUGGGUUGGUUACGCAGACGUUCAUAGUCCACUGUACAAACGACCAGAACUGGAUCAAUGGGCCUACGAAUUCCUCAACGUGAAUGACGGUGCGGCAUUGUGGGUGGAAUUCGGGUGUCCAGUGGAAAAAAUAAUUAUCGGAGUGCCUUUCUACGGUCGUACUUACAAGCUGGGCAGUGCUGACAAUCACGAACUCGGAGCCCCCGUGAUCAAGUGGGAAAAUGGUGGGGAACCCGGGCCGUUCACUCGUGCCCGAGGCUUCAUGUCAUAUUACGAGAUCUGCUCGGCUAUGAAAACAGACGGCGACUGGCCGGACCGAUGGGAUGACGUCGGUCUGGUUCCAUUCACUUACAAAGAGAAGUUCUGGACUGGCUACGAAAACACGCGCAGUGUGGGUAUCAAAAUGGACUGGAUCAAGCAGCAAGGAUACGGAGGUGGGAUGACUUGGGCCAUCGACAUGGACGACUUUAGAAAUAUGUGUGGGGAAGGGAAGAACCCAUUGAUGACAGUCAUGUAUGAGAAAUUGAAGGACUACUAUGUUCCGGUUGGAGCGACACUUCCGCCCCCGACGACCACCACUACGCUGAGGACAACUACCACCACCAGGGAUCCAUCUUGGACACCAGGACCGACGUCACCACCAGGGACUUGCGACUGCACAGUUAAUGAGUACUGUCCGUCUGAAAAUUGCCAGCAGUAUUAUUGGUGUGUGCUGGGAGAACCGGAGCUUCAGGCUUGCGCAGCCGGAUUAGUGUGGUGGCAGGAACAGAAGCGUUGCGACUGGCCUCACAACGUACCAGCAGGACAUCCCUGUUCUUCUCAAACCGCUACUCGGCACCGGCCGAAUGGAGUAGCCAAUAAGCCACCGACAUCGGGUCAUGAUGAUGAUGCAAAGGUGCCCACCAAACAUGUUGCUACGAUGUACAUUAAACACGAUCCCAAGGUGCCCAUCAAACAUGAUGCGACGAUGUACAUCAAGCAGGAUGUCAAUAAGGUGCCCAUCAAACAUGGUGCGAAGGUGAACAUCAACGGCAAAAGGGAGAAAGUUGCGCGGAAAACUCCAGUUAAGCCCAGCACGAACGAUGCUGAGCGACGACGCAUGGAAAGAUUUGUGAAAUGAGUCGUGUGCCGAGUUAAUCCAUGAAGAAGUUUUUUUUUCAAUAAACGAAAAAACAUUAUGUUUGAAUCGCGGACAUAAUUUUUUUUUAGUUCAAUGAGUUAAUCAUUCAGCGAACUCUCUGAUGGAGGUAAUCGGCAAUAAUAUACGAGACAUGUAGCAAAGAUGAUGACGAAGGCGCGGGAUUCAAUAUCGCAAAAUAGUCAGUCAACGCCUCAACGGUCGUCCAUAUGGUGUACUACUGAAACUUGGACCAUGGCAAUAAAAAGGGAUUCAUGUACAAAUUUUCCAUCAUGAAAUAUCCCCAUUACAUCAGCAAUUCAGCCCAGAAAAUUUUACUUGAAUAAAUACCUAUAGUACUGUCCUGUUCUGUACUGUACUGCAUGAAAAUAAAGUGCAUCACUGUAUUAGUUUUACAAGCUCAUAUAUA